UCUUCUUAUUCUUCUUCUCCUCCUUCUUCUUCUUCUUCUUCUUCUUCUCCUCCUCCUUCUUAUUCUUCUUCAACUCCUCUUCUUCCUCCUUCUUUUUCGUCUCAUCCUCCUUCUUCUUCUCCUCCUCCUUCUUCUUCUUCUUCUUUAUUUUCUGCUUCUUCAUCUUCUCCUCCUCCUCUUACUCCUUCUCCAUCUCCUUUACCUCAUCCUCCUUCUUCUUCUCCUUCUUAUUCUUCUUCUCCUCCUCCUUCUUCUUCUUCUCCUCCUUCUCCAUCUUCCCCUCUUUCUGAUUCCCUCAUCGCUGCCUCCCUCUCUUCUCUACUCCUCUCCUCACUCGACUACCCUCCCUGA